AUUAGACUGUGCAUCACUGAAAGUAAGAAAAGCAUGGAAGAAAAAUUAAAAAGGGAGAAUAGAGUUCGUGCAGAGGUUGUGUGCUUAUAAUGAAAUGUCCUUCAAGCUCAAUGAAUAGCUGGUAUGCUCUUGAUCAAGAUAUUGGCCUUUUUAGGAGUUUGUGUGGAGGCUUUCAUGCCAUGUUGGCUGAAGAAUCUUAUUUCCUUAUUGUAGAAGAAACUAAACUGGAUAAUUAGAACUUUUUGUAAUUGAAGAAACUUGUUACUUGUCACUUGCAAAGUGGAGCAAAAGAAUCUAUGUUUGGAGCUGUGUAUUGAGAUAAAAGAAAACCCGUUUAUAAAAGGGAGAUUUUGACACUGACAUACGUAUCCCCACGCUCUCACUGCUUCUGAAAGCUCCUUUAUAAAUCCAAAGAAUGUUCCCCUUGUUCACAACUUAUUUGUUCCACUUCCAUGUAAUUUUGUGUGGGACGGACUGGUGACAGUAUUGAGAGAAAAAAGGCACCAGAAUGAUGUGAAGCACCACACUGUCUGCAGAAUGUGUCAUUAUGGAAAUAUGUCCACUUGCUGCUUCUAAAUCAAGCAACCCUACAGAAUUGAGCUGUUUCCCAGAUGCAUGUUGACAUGUUUAUUUCUCUCCGACAGCUUGAGCGUAAUUUCCCACUGACGUGUCGUCUGUUGGCAGGUAUUCAGAUAUGUGCUGUAUGUGCUUGUGAAUUUCAGAGCGCAGAUCAACUCUGCAGCGGUGGAGCAGGCGACAGUGUUGAAACAUGAAGGAGAGGAGCGGAGUUUGUCUUGCGUUGAAAGCGCUGCUGGCAGGGGUGUGUGUGCUGCUGCUCCUGAGCUCGGCAGGUGUGGUGUUUCUGCUGUUUCGACACAAGGAGCUGACGGAGGAAGUGGUCAGGCUGGACGCCCAGAUGCAGGCGCUGGCACAGAGCUGCAGGCUGCAGACAGGAUUCCUGCGCACGGAGCCUGGAGAGGCCGGACAGCUGAAGGCGCUCGACCGCAGCAGAAGGAGCCACAGUGGAGCUCCAAAACAAAGCCUUGACAAAGACGAGAAGGAUAUGCUGAUGCUGAUGACAUACUCCAUGGUCCCUGUUAAAGCCUUUGUAGAUCUGUGUAAUAGCUCCAGAGGAAUUUGUUUAACAGGCCCACCUGGACCUCCAGGUUUGCCUGGUAGAGCUGGUUCACCAGGACCACCGGGCAGACGAGGAAAAAGAGGACACCCUGGUGAAAAAGGAGAACCAGGACCUAAAGGAGACCCAGGGGCUCUACGACUGAAAGGCGAGACCUGCAAUGACAUUUUCAUUGAGGGUCCUCCUGGUCCAAGGGGUCCACCUGGCCCACCCGGUCCACCUGGUCCUGCUCGGUGCCCUGAGAAAACAAGAACCAACACCAGCAGAGAACACACCCAUCAAACCAACAUGUUGACGGAUUCAUCUCCUUUCCUGACCAGAGAGGCCGUCAAUGAAACCAGAAACAUCAGCAGCUGGUCAAGUAACGAGACUGAAUCUUCAACACCUCGUCCAGCUGAUGAUGCCAGAAGCGUCUUGAAUGUUACGUACUCCAAGAAACUUUUAGACACAAAUAUAGAAUCGGGUAAGCCGCCAUUUAGAGUGACAGGAAGACUUUAUUUUCAGAUCUAA